GAAUUAACGUAAUAACUUGGCAUUUGCUAAUGCUAUUCGAUUAUUUGAACUGACACUGUAUUAAUGUAUAUUGUGUUGUCGUUGAUUUUGAUAGUUAAUGUACUGCUUAAAAAAAUAACUGAGUAUUAAAUGUUAAAAUAAUUUCGUCACUAGCGGAGAUGUUUUAAUGGUCUAUCUGUGGAGAUAACGGACGCACUCGAUUUCAGUGUAGAUUAGUACGUCUGCCGGAAUCUUCACUUAUAAUGGAAAAACUUUAUAAAGAAAUAUAGUGUGCUGCAGUCGAGACAUAUUUAGCGCCAAAAAAUUUCUGGUGUAUAAUAUUAAAUUAAAUAUUUAUUAAAAUGGCGAGUGCGGAGAAUUUAAUGGCGGGAUUUUUACCUGAAUAUUUUUAUACUUUUGUGGAGGAAUUAGACGAACAUCCCUGGUUAUUUUCGGCUCUCGCAUCAGUUCUGGUCGGUUUGAGUGGAAUCUUGCCUUUGCUAAUCAUACCCAUCGAUGAAACUGCCAACUUUAAAGACGGCGCUGGCGCUGCGACUCUCCGUAUCCUAUUGAGCUUUGCUGUGGGCGGUCUGCUGGGAGACGUGUUCCUUCACCUGCUACCGGAGGCAUGGCAUCACGACAUGAUGAGCAGUAAAGGGGGUGAGGUGUCAAUGAAGUGUGGGAUAUGGGUUCUGGUGGGAAUGCUGGUGUUCGUGAUAGUCGAGAAGCUGUUUGCCAGCUCGGAGGAGGAGGAUCCCAAGGUCGAGGCCGUGGAGAUAGAAGACAUCGAGAUCCUGUUACGAGCGCAGAAGAGACACACGGAAAACGGGUCGUUGACCGACAAACAGAUGAUGGAGACCUGUGUCUUCAAUAAUAAUACAAAAGGUGAUGCAGUGUGCUGCAGCGCUGUAUCCACCUGCGGGUACAAGGGCUCCAGGUGGAUGGGCAGGUGUCUGCUCAGGGAGGCUCGGGAGAAGAGUUUGAUGAACAAACAGAAGAACGACAAAAAAGAUGUGGCGGGUUACCUGAACCUGAUGGCCAACUCCAUAGACAACUUCACCCACGGCCUGGCGGUGGGCGGUUCCUUCCUCGUGGGCUUCAGAGUGGGGCUGCUCACUACAUUCGCUAUACUCGUCCAUGAAAUCCCUCACGAGGUCGGUGACUUCGCGAUCCUCCUCAAGAGCGGCUUCUCCAGGUGGGAGGCGGCGAAAGCUCAGAUCGCGACGGCUGCGGCCGGGCUUUUGGGGGCUAUGACGGCGGUCGUGUUCAGCGGAGCUAGCAACGCUAUCGAGGCCCGCACGUCAUGGAUCGCUCCGUUCACGGCGGGCGGGUUCCUGCACAUCGCGUUGGUGACGGUGCUGCCCGAGCUGCUGCGGGAGCACGACCGCCUCGAGUCCGCCAAGCACCUGGCCGCCUUACUGGCGGGCCUGGCGCUCAUGGCCGCACUCAACCAUUACUGCGGAUGAACGACACUCACUCACUCACUCACUCACUCAUACAUACACAGACAUUCAUUGAAUCAAACGUCAGGUCGAGAUGCAUUCGAUCAUUCAGAUAUACAAUCACCUUCAUAGUAAUCUUAGUGUCGUUCAUUCAUUCAUUCCUACAAUGAAUAUAAAGCGCCUCGUGUCCGAGGACCAAGUAUUAUAUGUCCAAGCUUAGGUUAAGUUCAUGUAAACAAUACUCAGGCAACUGUCGCUGCUCAGCACACAGCACGCAGCACAGCACGCUGGUUACGUUGCCUUAAACGUAUCCAGAAUAACAAGUGUAUGAGCACCUCACUAGCUCCUCGGUUCAUUUCGUUUCAGAGCACAUCCGAAUGCUUUGUACAACCACUGCGUUAGUUUAAAACAGAAAGUUAUAAGUUAAAUGUACGAUAAUUAUUGUAAUUAUUAUAAUUUACCUUCGUUUAGUCAAUCCAGUAGUCAGAUAACGCGAGAGAUUAAGUUAAAAUGUUUAUUUUAGUUUUAAAUGAGAAUACAAACAUUUGUAAAUAGUCCGAAGCCGCUGGUUUGUGAUACCGUCUGUCAGCUGUGGCGAGCUCUGUAAAUAUAUGGUACGAAGUCCGAAGGCACAAGUGGCAGUUGGUGAAGCAUUUAUACCGUACAAGUGAUGUCGUGCGCGGAUGUUACUUUGAUAAUCCUGAGAUGUGUGAUACUAACGGCCAUAUAAAAGUAUUUUAUUCUGUAAUAAUAUUUUAUGAGAAAUGUUAAAAAUAAUAAAAUGUACAUAAAAAAUAUAUCGUUUCACUUGAUUCAGGCGAUAAUAGUUUACAAGCGGACGAGCAACCGAUCUAAGGCAAUAUAUGAAAGCU